AUGCCACACACGGAAAAGAAAAACGAAAUCACAAAGGAAUCGAUAAUUAAUGUAACGGUCGCGUUCCUGGAUGAACAUGUGGAAUCGUUCAAGGUCUCCGGCAGGUGUCUCNUCGGUCAACAAUUGUAUGACUUGGUUAUUGGAAAGCUCGGGUCGUUCGAAUAUCAAUACUUCGAUUUGGCGUUCCUUGAUGUGGAAGGAAAUCACUGCUGGUUGGAUCACAAGAAAGCUCUUCUGAAAGCAUUGCGAGCAUCCGGGCACGGUUCGUUGGAAUUUGUCUUCAGUGUCAAGUACUAUGUCCCCCAUCCGAAUCUGAUUGUGGAUGAGCACACGAGAUAUCUAUUUGCAUUACAAUUGAAGCGAGAUUUUUUCAACGGCCUGUUGCACAGUAACCGGAAUACCAGUCUGCUUUUGGCCGCUUUCAUUGUCCAAUCUGAACUGGGUGAUUAUAUGGAAACCGAGUGCAAAUCGUACGCGUAUCUGAAAAAGCAUCACCUGUUACGUUCCGCACCGGACUCCUAUCUGAUGCGCGUGAUGGAAUUGCAUCAAACAUUGGUGUGA